AUGGCGCAGCGCUCGGGCAAGAUCACUCUCUACGAGGGCAAGCACUUCACGGGGCGGAAGCUGGAGGUCUUCGGGGACUGUGACAACUUCCAGGACCGAGGCUUUAUGAACCGGGUGAACUCCAUCCGCGUGGAGAGUGGGGCCUGGGUCUGCUUCGACCACCCCGACUUCCGUGGCCAGCAGUUCGUCCUGGAGCACGGCGACUACCCCGACUUCUACCGCUGGAACGGCCACAACGACCACAUGGGCUCCUGUCGGCCUGUGGGAAUGCACGGGGAGCAUUUCCGCCUAGAGAUCUUCGAGGGCUGCAACUUCACGGGCCAGUGCCUGGAGUUCAAGGACGACUGUCCCUUCCUUCAGAGUCGGGGCUGGGCCAAGAACUGUGUCAACGCCAUCAAGGUGUACGGGGACGGAGCGUGGGUCCUGUACGAGGAGCCCAACUACCGCGGCCGCAUGUACCUGGUGGAGCGGGGCGACUUCCGCAGCUUCUCCGACUGGGAGGCCCACAGCGCGCGCGUCCAGUCCCUCCGCCGGGUGGCCAACUUCUUUUAA